AUUCUGUACUAUUGUGAUAUGCCAUUCUGGUCCUCGGUAGGUUGCCCCCCACCUAACAUUGAAGAUGGCAGGGUGGAAGGGAGCGUUUUCUUCUCCAUGACUUUUCAAAAUUUAUCGACAGCGAAUCAUAGAACAUCGUGCGCCUGCACGACUAAGGAUCGAUGUAAUGACCCAACUUCACCGAUUUCUGAUUUCACCUUCACCGAGAAACCAAUACUCAAAGGAUAUCAAUUUACUCCAAUGGUCGGUGGAGGAGGAUCAUCAGAAAGUAAGCCCUUUAAUUAUCUGGAAAGAAAACAAACAAACAAACAAACAAAUCCAAGCCUAAAAAAGAAAUGGAAUAGAUGA